CUAGUGUAAAAUGGUAUCGACAUCUUUAUUGAACGUUUCUUCGGGGCAGACAUUUUUGGGUUUAUGCAGUUUGCUGAUCACAGUUCUGUCUUUGUUGGUUAUUCGCCAGCUCAUGAAGCAGCGGAGACCCCGAGGGUUUCCUCCUGGGCCGACACCUUUACCUAUGAUAGGGAACAUUCUCUCACUCGCGACUGAGCCGCAUGUCUACAUGAAGAGACAGAGUGACAUCUACGGACAGAUCUUCAGUCUUGACUUAGGAGGCAUCUCUACGGUUGUCCUAAAUGGUUAUGAUGCUAUCAAAGAAUGCCUAUCCCACCAGAGUGAAGUCUUCGCUGAUCGACCAUCACUGCCUUUAUUUGAAAAAAUGACGAAAAUGGGGGGACUUCUCAAUAGCAAGUAUGGCCGGGGAUGGAUAGAACACCGUAAACUGGCUGUGAACAGCUUUCGUUAUUUUGGAAGUGGUCAAAAGAUGUUUGAGAAGAUCUCUGAAGAAUGCAUGUUUUUUGUGGAUGCCAUUGAUAGUUACAAAGGAAGGCCUUUUAAUCCCAAACACCUUGUGACAAAUGCCGUAUCCAAUAUCACAAAUCUUAUCAUCUUUGGGGAACGCUUCACCUAUGAUGAUCGGGAAUUUCAGCACAUGAUCGAAAUCUUCAGUGAGAAUAUUGAGCUUGCAGCCAGUGGCUGGGCUUUUCUUUACAAUGCUUUCCCUUGGAUUGAGUACCUUCCCUUUGGAAAACAUCAAAAGCUCUUCCGUAAUGCAGCUGAAGUAUAUGACUUCUUGAUACAGAUAAUUGAGCGUUUCUCGCAAGGAAGAGUGCACCAGUCACCAAGACACUACAUUGAUGCCUACUUGGAUGAAAUGGAUCAAAGUGCCAGUGAUGAGGCUACUUCCUACUCCAGAGAGAAUCUGGUUUACUCAGUGGGGGAGCUCAUCAUUGCUGGCACAGAGACCACCACCAAUGCCUUACGCUGGGCCAUCCUCUAUAUGGCCCUUUAUCCCACUAUCCAAGAUAAAGUUCAGCGGGAGAUUGACUGUGUCCUCGGUGGCAAGGCACCCACUCUGGAGGACAAACAGAGAAUGCCUUACUUGGAAGCUGUGUUGCAUGAAGUCUUGCGCUUCUGCAACAUUGUUCCUCUUGGUAUCUUUCGUGCCACUUCUCAGGAUGCCCUCGUGAGUGGCUACUCUAUUCCCAGAGGCACCAUGGUGAUCACUAACUUGUACUCUGUACACUUUGAUGAGAAGUACUGGAGUGACCCAGGUAUCUUUUGUCCAGAACGGUUUCUGGACAGCAAUGGACACUUCAUCAGGCGUGAGGCAUUUCUUCCUUUUUCAGUAGGCAGACGUCACUGUCUCGGUGAGCAGCUGGCCAGGAUGGAGAUGUUCUUGUUCUUCACCUCAUUACUCCAGAGGUUCCAUCUGCAGUUCCCACCAGGAAGCCUGCCCAGCCUUUCCCCAAAACUAGGCAUGACUCUCCAGCCUCUCCCUUACUCCAUAUGUGCUAUACGGAGGUAGUAGUGCAACUCCCCCACUGCUUUAGCUCAUAUGUAUUCACCUCGAGGGAUCUUACUGAGAAACUCAAACAAACAAAAAAAGCAGAUCUCCACAGUUUGAAUUCCAUCGUGUUUUUCAGAGAAUUUUGACCCCUGUUACUGAUUCUCUGAACUUUCCCUCAGUGCACUUUCACAGAAUGCACUAAAAGAGACAUGUUCCUGAAAAGGCAUAGAAGACUAGGAUAUACAGUGUUACAAGCAACAUCCAACGCUGAGCAUUUGAAUUUGACAAAUAUAUAACCCCCAUCAUCUCAAAGAGAGGGUGCUGUGCUGUAUAACUUGGAUUACUUGAAAUGAAAAACAUAUACUGUACCACAGACAAGUUCAGUGUUGUCAGUGUGAGGGAAGUGGUAUUAUGUCAAUAAUUGACAGAGUUUACCUCUAUAAUGGUUUACAGACUCUUUUUUCAUUCCUUGAAAUGGGAACACAUGGUUCCCCCAUUUCUACAGCAGGGUAAGUCUAGAUCAGCUGCCUUUCCCAGAAAGCUUUGUACAUGCUGUCUGACUUACGUUGGUUUGGUGCCAUAUUUCAACGCUGACCCAGCUGUGGCCUUGUCCCUGGUGUAUCCGUUGAAACUCUGUUCAUAGACUCGUAUUUUCUU